UUUUUUUACGGCUACGGGCUCCUUCCGUCCUUGUGUUGUUAUAGCGUGGGAGCAUGCGGAUCGCCGACUCCACUUUCAGCUGCGGGGUUCCGCCGCGAGGAUACGUCACCAGGCCGCAAAAACAGCCCGAGCAGAAAAAUCCAAGCCAAGAAUUUUUUGAUGUGGAUUGAGAGGCAUCAGUUCUUCUCUUUCUCUUCCCUCAUCCCCAUCAUACUAUCCCACGCUUUACUAUACAUACGCGAACUUCCUCUGCUAAACGAGCCGAAGAAGCUUGAUCAAUCGUCAACACACCAAUAAAACUCGAGACAAAAGAGACAGAAAUAAAGCAAUCAAAAUGGUUUACACAAUCGUCGUUCACCUGCUCGCCAAGGAAGACCAAGAAAGCAUUAACAAGCUGAGCGCUAAGCUUGUCGAGGCUAGCCAGGUGUACAGCAAGGACAAGGAGACAUUGAGCUGGUUUGUUAUGCAGGACACUGUCGAUAAGAGGAAGUUCACUAUCGUUGAGCGGUAUCUGAAGGAAUCUUCUCAACAAUACCACCUGAACAACCCAUACUGGAAGACUUUCGACCCGUACGUGAUUCCUUUGUUGGCCGCACCCAUGGAUCUGAGGCGCCUGGAAGAGUUGGACACGACUGUCACGAGCGCGGGUGCGCAUUACCAUGAAGACGCUGUAAAGACGGAGACCAGUGUUGGCGAUAUGUACAAGGGAACUGACGCUUAGACUGGAAAAUACCCCUCGUCACGUCGAGUUGAAGAAAUGUAAAGAAAUCGAAUUUAGCCUUUGCUGCCGAACGUGACUUUUGGAUCG